ACCUGAUUGGCCCCCGCUUUGAUGUAGUUUCAUCUAAACGCACAAGUCCCACUUACUUACUCUUGGAGUUGAUGAAUGUCUGAAGACCAUGGGAAAUACCAACCCCCUGCCAACCAGACGGGUUUCCAUAUAGAAAAGGCGGUUCUAUAAAAGCUAAAUGCUACUGCUUCCCUGUUGCAUAUCCUUACCGGGUCAGAGAAAAGUAAAUCUCUUUUUGUUAGCAGUUCAGUGUUACAAGUGCCUCAUUUUGGCCCCAGAUGCACCAUCAAGUAGGAGAGCGCUAGCUUCUGGCUCGUCCCAAAGACCCCGAUAACUUUGGGCAGAAUUCUGAAGCUCUCUUGCUUUCACACUUCUGCAGGACGAGGUGAGUCUUUCUCAUGUCUCUGCACCACCUCUCACCCCAGUGACAGAGGGACAGAGCAAUGAGACACGCUUAGAAUCCAAAAAGACCAUCUCUUCCUUCGCUCCAUCUGGGACUUAGCAGCUGUGCUUGCUUCCCAGUCGCCUAAAUGCUUCAGCCUCCCGGCUGGUCUGCCCUUGCUCCUUGAGACUGACAUUUCAAAGUGCUUAGACUCAGUAAGGCACCAGUCCUACACCCCACACCCUGACCUGGCCCAGCUGCCACCCUUCACCAGCCACCUUCUCAGCCAGCUCUAAGCCAGGAGGGAAAGAGCUCCCCAGAAUUCAGCCUGCUGGACCCCAUUUUUUGGUGAUCAUGACGGAGGUCAAGGCACUGAAAGUCCGGUUGACUCUCUGCUUCAUCCUGGUGGGCGUCUGCUUGUUGAUGGCCGCAGUGGUGACCGAUUACUGGGCAGUUCUGAGCCCCAGGGUGGAGCAGUACAAUGCCACCUGCGAGAUAGCCCACUUCGGUCUCUGGAGGCUCUGCACCAAACGGAUCUACAUGAGCAACACCAAUGACAAGAGCUGUGGACCCAUCAACCUGCCAGGGGAACAGAACUGUUCAUAUUUUAGGCAUUUUAACCCAGGAGAGAGCUCAGAAAUCUUUGAAGUCACCACCCAAAAAGAAUACAGCAUCUCUGCAGCAGCCAUCUCCAUCUUCAGCAUCGGUUUCACAAUCAUGGGGACCAUUUUCAUCCUUCUGUCCUUCAGGAAAAAGAGGGAUUACCUUCUGAAGCCAGCAGCUCUGUUCUAUGCUUUUUCAGGUCUCUGUAUCAUCGUCUCUGUGGAAGUCAUGCGGCAGUCAGUGAAGCGGAUGAUAGACAGCGAGGAGACCGUCUGGAUAGAAUACUACUACUCCUGGUCCUUCGCCUGUGCCUGCACCUCCUUCAUCCUCCUUUUCAUCUGUGGCAUUGCUCUCCUACUUAUAUCCCUGCCCCGCAUGCCCCAGAAUCCCUGGGAGUCUUGUAUGGAUGCUGAGCCUGAGCAUUAGUUUGAUGUCAUCCUUUUCCGAUGACCUGGGAUGAGGACUAAGGAAGUAGCAGCCUCCAAGGUGCUCCUGUUCUCUCUCGCUCUCUCUGGAAGCCAAAUGGCUAAAACCAAGAGAGGCAAAAAAUGGGAACGUGGAUAUGGCAGCAUCACCCCCAUCUCCAUCAAUAAUAAGUGGUCCUCCUUUCAAAGGGAUCACAUUUCCCCUUAUCUGAGACAUUUUUCCAUCUAUUCCAGCCCCAUUCUUUAUUCCCUCCUCCAUCCUACCUCCUCCCCUCCCCUCUACUCACCAUCAUAUAGAAUGGUGUCUGGAUUUGUGACAUUCUCCCCAAUUCCUGUCACUAUAUUAAACCUACAGACUGCUACAAUUUGUCUGUGCUCCUAUUUGAAUGGUGACAAACUCUCUGCUCUAAUCUAGUAGCAGAAUAGGAGCCCCGAGCCCCAUCAGCUGAUUUUCUACACUCCAAGCAGUGCCUGUAGAUAAGGAGUUUGGGGGAAUGCACUUGACUCCUAGAUGUUGCAGUUUGGGUUCAUAAUUGUUCUUGUAUACAAUCUCAAACUGGUUUCAGGUUGUCCUUUAUAAAAUGCUCUAUUCUUAUAAUUUACCCCUUUACUUUAUUAUUUCAGUUUUUUCUUCUAAUGCUCUGUGUGUGCAAGUCCCCAGAAAGAAGUCCCUAGAGCAAUGGAUAGAGAUUUGCUUGCAGCAAUAGCCAACCCCUCCUCUAUGUAGGGUCAAGGUGCACAGUGGGCUAUUUGGAAUUCAAUCUAAAGUGAAGGCCUCCUUUUUGCCCUAAUGUUCAUCAUAAUCCCCAAGGAGCAUUUCCAAUUGGGGAGAAAUGAAGUGUGGAUUCAAAUAAAAUUUCUGUGAAAAUGUUAAUCCUUCUGUGCCUUCACUGGAAAUUCACUUGAAUCUGUAGCCAUAACCAUGGAUCCAUAAGCGUAGCUCUUGACCAAGUCAACCUUAAUGGGGUAAAACUAUGGAAGCAGAGGGAUGUCCCAAGUAUGGUACUAAGAACAUUUCUGGGAGCAGCGGAGGAUCUCCCUUACAGAAACUACUUGGGAGUUCAAAAUUUCCAUUUAAACCCUUCAUUUGAGGAAUGUUCUUUGGGAAAAACCAGGAAUCAGCUUUUGUCUGGCUAGACAGAGUGUUAAAAAUAAGAAUCAGGCUAUUUCUGGGCUUAAGGUCUGUCUUUGUCCAAGAGUGAUGUGUCUCUCGGUGCUAAGCCAAAAUUUAAACAACUAGGUCAUAGGCUUCUGAGAGUUGACAUUGAACUCUGCUAUUCCUGACAAUUAGGGAAGGAUAGUAACCGCUCUCUAUUUUCCAUCCCCCUACAAUAGCUCUCUGGCUAACAAUUUGACUUGAAAAUGGUUUUUCUGCGCAAGAGAAAAGGGACUAAUUUGAAUAAGCAAAUCAGGAACCCACUAACUAGGGCACUAAUGUUGGAAAUAGAGAUCCUAUUCAGAGCUUCCAGUUGACAUAUCAGUGC